UCAAACGCGGGCGGGCGGGCCCGCAGCCCUGCAGUUGCCGUCCUGUUCUCCGAGUUCCUGUCUCCCUACCAGCGCUGCUGGGAUGGCCUCGCAAAACCGGGACCCAGCCGCCGCCAGCGUCGCUGCAGCGCGUAAAGGAGCCGAGCCCAGCGGGGGCGCCGCCCGGGGCCCUGUGGGCAAGAGGCUACAGCAGGAGCUGAUGACCCUCAUGAUGUCUGGUGACAAAGGAAUUUCUGCCUUCCCUGAAUCAGACAAUCUUUUCAAAUGGGUAGGGACCAUCCAUGGAGCAGCUGGCACAGUGUAUGAAGACCUGAGGUACAAGCUGUCCUUAGAGUUCCCCAGUGGCUACCCCUACAACGCUCCCACAGUGAAGUUCCUCACACCCUGCUACCACCCCAACGUGGACACUCAGGGCAACAUCUGCCUGGACAUCCUCAAGGACAAGUGGUCUGCCCUGUAUGACGUCAGGACCAUCCUGCUGUCCAUCCAGAGCCUGUUAGGAGAACCCAACAUCGACAGCCCUCUGAACACACAUGCUGCUGAGCUCUGGAAAAACCCCACAGCUUUUAAGAAGUACCUGCAAGAAACCUACUCGAAGCAGGUCUCCAGCCAGGAGCCCUGACCGGGGUUGUCCAGCUCUCUGUUGAUUUCUCCUUAGGUAGCCUGUCCUCUUCUUGGUUCUUGUAUAGGACUAUGUAUCUUGAGCUGUGGUAUUAUUUUUGUUUUGUUUCUGUCUUUUAAAUUAAGUGUGGUUGAGCCCCUGCGAUGUAUAUUAAAUAAAUACAUUUUGGUUGGUUUUUGUAAA